CGUCGAGUCACCAACAACUCAGCGCUCAGCCAAGGAAUCACGAUGCGACAAGAAUGAAUAUAUGGAUUCUGGAGUGGACCGUCUCCAGGAUGGCGAUACCAUAUAACCGCUCGCUGGCUUGUUUUUGGAGUCUGCUGCUCGUCUAUUUAUCCUGCCAUUUUUUGCACACACCUACCACAUCAUGCCAAGCUAGCUGAGCUUUUCUCUCUUUGCCUGUACCCUGUCGUUUAUUAUCUCAGCAGGAGGAACGACCUGAUCGUAAUCGAGCGGAACAAUGCCAUUCAUUCCCAACACGCCCGAGUCUUUGAUCGGACGGUCCGACUCCAAGGACCCCAGCACGACAUGUCGAGGCAUCACCGGGAGCGGCCGACCCUGCCGUCGUCCGCUGAAUGCAUCGCCGUCAGGCUCGCCGGAAGCGUCACGCAUCAAAGUCCCCAAAGUCUCCAAAGUCGGCGGCCUACGUGUCGAUGACCCCGCCGACCCGGACUGCUAUUGCUGGCAGCACAAAGACCAGGCGAGCAUGUCUGCGCAUUCGAGUCCCGGACCGAGACCUACCAACACGCCGAUCCUCGAGGAGCGCGAGAGCUUGGACGGUCUCAUGGACCGCCUGGGUAUCGCCGAGGCUAAACAGAAAAAAUCCAAGAAGAACGGCAGGCCCUCCAUGUCCUCGAAUCACAAUGGAGGAAACGAGAAGAUUACCGAGACGAACUAUCCUCCCCGCCCCGCAUCCCAGUCGUCGAAUCGGUGGACCAAGAGGGAGACGAUCUUUUGCUGCUGCUUCACGAUACCCAUCAUGGAAGAGGAGCCACCUGCACCUACGAGACCGCAACCCAGACCCGUCCAGUCCGCACCUGCCGCGGUAGCGGGAGGUGGCCCAUCGUCGAAGCUUCCCUCGAACUCGCAUCUUUCACCGUCUUCAGCAGGGUCACGACCGAGCAUGGGCAGCCCGGCCCCUUCGAAGCAAUCCACCACAUCACAAACCUCGCAAUACCUCACACUCAUCCCGCCAACCGCAUCGCCGCAAACAGCAUCACAGCUUAUGGCCGAGCUCGCAAAGCCCAUCUCCCAAGGAGACGAAGCAGGCUACAUCUACAUCUUCUGGCUGACGCCCGAAUCUGAACCCAUGGACCCUCCCGCUGAAGCCGCCCGAUCCCUGCUCGCGCCGCCCUCGCAGUCCAACGGACGCCAACGAAGACCCAGUGACGUAGUCGAGUCCUUCGCCGCCAGAAACACCCCGUCGUCAUCAGGCAAAGACAAAACCCUCCUGCUUAAGAUCGGGCGCGCGUCCAACGUGCAGCGUCGCCUCAACGAGUGGACCCGCCAGUGCGGGUACAACCUGUCGCUGAUCCGGUACUACCCACACAUCCCGAGCGCGACGCCGUCAACGCCGCGCAAGAUGCCGCAUAGCCAUAAGGUCGAACGGCUGAUCCACCUCGAGCUCGCAGGUGCGGGGUUGAGAAUUAGUGAUCGGGAGAAUUGGAAUUGCGAGGCGUGCGGGAAGGCGCAUAAGGAGUGGUUUGAGGUGGAUGCGAGUCGGGCGGGGAUCGAGAUGGUGGAUGAGGUGGUGAGGAGGUGGUCGGAUUGGGAUGAGGCGAGAGGGUGAUUUAGGCGGGUAUGGGAUUAUCGAUUUCGCGCGCAUCUGGGCGGCUUGGCAAGGCGUAUCUAUAAUUUGGGGAGUUGCUUGGGGAGUUGCAUGGGAAGCACACCUGCAUAGAACUGGGAAGACGAACUAUGGGAUUGUAGCAUUUUCGUUUAGCAUAGCGGAAUGUCAUCUAGACUUACUUGCCUCUUCA